CGGUUCAUCUCAUCAGUGAACAAUAUAUCAUUUCUCCUGUUUUCUUCCAACAACUCAUGGAGACCUACUACUGUGAUCUCAUCGAUGUUACACCUCUUGGGAACUUUGUAACCAUGUUUUUCUCAAAUCAGAAAUUUGGAGAGGUGGAUCCAAAGUUCAUUCGUGAUUUUGGACAUGAACUUCCUGGACAAUGGAGGAUAAUGGAUUAUCGAUUUGAGCAUCAUGUUGUUACAUACAACAAAGAUGAAAUCUAUCCUCUUCUGACUGACGGAUGGACAAAAAUGAGAGAGGUCUUUGAUCUUCAUAAGAAUGAAGAAAUCCAUUUUGCCUAUCAUGGUGAAGGUAUGUUUGGUAUCACUGCUUCAAGAAGAUUUGAAAGUGAAGAACAAAUUCCAAACUAUCAUAGCCGAUAUACUCGUGGUAAUUGUGCUAGAUUUCAAGUGGAACUCACGCGUGAGAACAUUAGGAAUCCAUAUUUGAGCAUAUGGGAUUUGUUUGCAAUUUUUGUGCGAAAUUGUAAUGUGAAUGUGAUAACUGCUUGCUGUGACAAUGGAACAAAGACUGAUCUUCAAAUUGCAAUUCACGACAAUCCUUUCCCGGUCACUGCUUUAGGACCUGGGUGGUUUGCUUUUUGUCGCAAAAAUGGUUUUCGUGCUGGUGAUGGAUUAUGCUUUAAUUUUUCACUUGUUAACUCUGGUAAUAAUGUUGUGCGCGUUUUUAAAAUCUAAAUUGGGAAAGAUGAUUAAGUUGGAGGAUUGUUGUUGCUGGAAAAAAGGGAGAUUGGAAAGAGAAGUUGCUGGAGGCUAGUUUUAAGUAUGCACUUUUUUAGGCUAGUUUAAAGUUAAUUUAGUUAUUAAUGUUUGUUCUUUAAGAUUUGGAGGAUGAUUAUGUUAGAAUCUUUGUUCUUCUUUAUGUAAUUCAUGUUUAGGCUGAAUGUUUUAGUUUGUUUUUUAUGAUUUGGGUUGAAUUUAUUUUAUGGUCUGUAAUGAAUCAAUCUGGU